GCUGGUGAAGCCAGGAUGAGAGAGGUCCCAGGAGGAGACUUAGCCCCAAAGGGAAGCUGUUGUCCCUUCAGGGCUUUAGAAGAACUCCUAGGAUCCACCAAGAAGAUCAAUGUCAACUUCCAGGAUCCAGAUGGCUUCUCAGCCCUGCACCAUGCAGCCCUGAAUGGCAACACAGAACUAAUCACCCUGCUGCUGGAGGCUCAGGCUGCUGUGGACAUCAAGGACAACAAAGGCAUGCGGCCUUUGCACUAUGCAGCCUGGCAAGGCCGGAAGGAGCCCAUGAAACUGGUGCUGAAGGCGGGCUCGGCGGUGAACAUCCCAUCUGAUGAGGGCCACAUCCCCCUGCACCUGGCGGCCCAGCACGGUCAUUAUGAUGUGUCAGAGAUGCUGCUACAGCACCAAUCCAACCCAUGCAUGGUGGACAACUCUGGGAAGACGCCCCUGGACCUGGCCUGUGAGUUCGGCCGUGUUGGGGUGGUCCAGCUGCUCCUGAGCAGCAACAUGUGUGCGGCCUUGCUGGAGCCCCGCCCAGGAGACACCACUGACCCCAACGGCACCAGCCCCCUGCACCUGGCAGCCAAGAAUGGUCACAUUGACAUCAUCAGACUCCUCCUCCAAGCCGGCAUUGACAUUAACCGCCAGACCAAGUCUGGCACGGCCCUGCACGAGGCUGCACUCUGUGGGAAGACGGAAGUUGUUCGACUGCUAUUGGAUAGCGGGAUCAAUGCCCAGGUGAGGAACACCUAUAGCCAGACGGCACUGGACAUUGUGCAUCAGUUCACCACAUCCCAGGCCAGCAAGGAGAUCAAGCAGCUGCUGCGAGAGGCCUCGGCAGCCCUGCAGGUCCGGGCGACCAAGGAUUAUUGCAACAAUUAUGAUCUGACCAGCCUCAACGUGAAGGCCGGGGACAUCAUCACAGUCCUGGAGCAGCAUCCAGAUGGCCGGUGGAAGGGCUGUAUUCAUGACAACAGAACAGGCAAUGACCGAGUGGGCUACUUCCCUUCCUCUUUGGGUGAGGCUAUCAUCAAGCGAGCAGGUUCCCGAGCAGGCAGUGAGCCAAGCCCACCCCAGGGAGGUGGCUCGUCAGGGCCCUCUGCACCCCCAGAGGAGAUCUGGGUGCUAAGGAAGCCUUCUGCAGGUGUGCUGGGUCCUUUGGAGGGCUGGGGUGGUGGCACUUCUGCUGGGCACCUUAUGCUCCCUGUGAUGGCAGGUGGUGACCGCAGUGGCAACUUGAGCAGUGUGGCUGGUAGCCGAAGCAGUGGAGCUCAUGCCCUGCAUGCAGGCUCUGAAGGGGUCAAGCUCCUGGCAACGGUGCUUUCCCAGAAGCCUGUCUCUGAGACCAGCCCAGGGGACAGUCCCAUCAAGCCUCCAGAGGGCUCUACAGGUACUGCCCGGUCCCAACCUCCAGCAGCCCACACUGGGCAAGUCUACGGAGAGCAGCUGCCCAAGAAGCUGGAGCCUUCCUCAGAGGGCAAGAGUGCCGAGGCAGUCAGCCAGUGGCUCGCCACAUUUCAGCUCCAGCUCUACGCCCCCAACUUCACCAGCGCUGGCUACGACCUGCCCACCAUCAGCCGCAUGACUCCUGAGGACCUCACGGCCAUUGGUGUCACUAAGCCAGGCCACCGGAAGAAGAUCACAGCAGAGAUCAGCGGCCUGAGCAUCCCUGACUGGCUGCCUGAACACAAACCUGCUAACCUGGCUGUGUGGCUGUCCAUGAUUGGCCUGGCCCAGUACUACAAGGUGCUGGUGGACAACGGCUAUGAGAACAUUGACUUCAUCACUGACAUCACCUGGGAGGACCUGCAGGAGAUUGGCAUCACCAAGCUCGGACACCAGAAGAAGUUGAUGCUGGCAGUGAGGAAGCUGGCAGAGCUGCAGAAAGCAGAAUACGCCAAGUAUGAGGGAGGGCCCUUGCGCCGGAAGGCACCCCAGUCGCUUGAAACGAUGGCCAUUGAGUCACCGCCCCCACCUGAGCCUGCCCCAGCUGACUGCCAGUCUCCUAAGAUGACCACUUUUCAAGACAGUGAGCUCAGUGGUGAGCUGCAGGCAGCCAUGACUGGCCCAACAGAGGUGGGUGCCGCUGCUGCUGAGAAGCCCUCCAACCACCUGCCGCCCACCCCAAGAGCUACCAUGCAGCAGGAGCCCAGCUUGGGUGGACGGGCUCGGCACAUGAGCAGCUCUCAGGAGCUGCUGGGCGACGGGCCCCCUGGACCUGGCAGUCCCAUGUCACGAAGCCAGGAGUACCUACUGGAUGAGGGACUAGCUCCUGGAACCCCACCCAAGGAGGCCCGGCCUGGCCGCCAUGGCCACAGCAUCAAGAGGGCAAGUGUGCCUCCAGUUCCCGGCAAGCCAAGGCAGGUCCUUCCACCAGGUGCCAGCCACUUCACGCCUCCUCAAACUCCCACCAAAGCCCAGCCAGGCUCUCCCCAGGCCCUCGGGGGACCUCAUGGUCCAGCCCCAGCCACUGCUAAGGUGAAGCCCACCCCACAGUUGCUGCCUCCAACGGAGCGACCCAUGUCACCCCGCUCCCUGCCUCAGUCACCCACCCACCGUGGCUUUGCUUAUGUGCUACCCCAGCCUGUGGAAGGGGAGGUAGGGCCAGCUGCUCCAGGGCCUGCACCCCCGCCUGUGCCAGCGGCUGUGCCCACGCUGUGCCUACCCCCAGAGGCUGAUUUGGAGCCAGGUCGGCCCAAGAAGCGUGCCCACAGCCUGAAUCGUUACGCAGCAUCUGACAGUGAGCCUGAGCGAGAUGAGCUGCUAGUGCCCACUGCUGCUGGACCCUAUGCCACAGUCCAGCGGCGAGUAGGCCGUAGUCACUCAGUGAGGGCACCUGCUGGCACUGACAAGAAUGUCAACCGCAGCCAGUCAUUUGCUGUGCGGCCCCGCAAGAAGGGACCCCCACCACCUCCACCCAAGCGCUCCAGCUCAGCCAUGGCCAGUGCCAACCUGGCUGAUGAGCCAGCUCCAGAUGUUGAGAUAGAAGAUGGCCGGCUGGGAGUCCGGGCACAGCGCCGGCGGGCCAGCGAUCUGGCUGGCAGUGUGGACACGGGCAGUGCCGGCAGCGUGAAGAGUAUUGCGGCCAUGCUUGAGCUGUCUUCCAUUGGGGGUGGGGGACGGGCUGCCAGAAGGCCACCUGAGGGCCACCCCACAGCUCGGCCUGCCAGUCCAGAGCCAGGCCGGGUGGCCACAGUGUUGGCCUCAGUGAAGCACAAAGAGGCCAUUGGACCUGAUGGUGAGGUGGUAAACAGACGCCGCACACUCAGUGGGCCUGUCACUGGACUUUUGGCCACAGCCCGCAGAGGGCCAGGGGAGCCAGAAGAUCAAGGCCACUUUGUGGAAGAUGGUGCAGCCCGGCAGCGGCCUCGAGGUCCAGCCAAGGGUGAAGCGAAUGUGGAGGGCCCACCACUGGCCAGGGUGGAGGCCAGUGCCACGCUCAAGAGGCGCAUCCGGGCCAAGCAGAGUCAGCAGGAGAAUGUCAAGUUCAUCCUAACAGAGUCUGACACAGUCAAGCGCAGGCCCAAGGCCAAGGAAAGGGAAGCUGGGCCUGAGCCACCCCCACCACUGUCCGUGUACCAGAAUGGCUCGGCCACCAUGCGCCGAAGACCAGCUUCAGAGCAGGCUGGAGCCCCAGAGCUGCCCCCACCACCCCCACCUGCUGAACCCCCACCCACUGACUUGAUGCACCUGCCCCCACUUCCCUUGCCCGAUAGUGAUGCCCGGAAGCCGGCAAAGCCACCUGUCUCUCCUAAACCUGUCUUGGCUCAGCCUGUGCCCAAGAUCCAGGGCUCACCCACACCUGCCUCCAAGAAGGUGCCACUGCCAGGCCCUGGCAGCCCAGAGGUGAAGCGAGCCCACGGCACGCCGCCCCCCGUCUCCCCCAAGCCGCCGCCGCCGCCCACGGCGCCUAAACCCUCCAAGACCGUGGCGGGGCUACAGUCGGGCAGCGCCAGUCCAUCGCCUGCGCCCUCGCCGGCGCGCCAGCCGCCAGCCGCCCUCGCAAAGCCGGCCAGCACGCCACCCUCACUGAGCGCCAGCCCCGCCAAGCCUCCAUCCCCGGGUGCGCCCGCGCUGCACGUGCCCACCAAGCCCCCGCGGGCUGCGGCCGCCGCUGCCGCCGGGGCCCCCAUUGCCCCCGACGGCGCCUCGCCCGGGGACAGCGCGCGGCAAAAGCUGGAGGAGACGAGCGCGUGCCUGGCCGCCGCGUUGCAGGCGGUGGAGGAGAAGAUACGGCAGGAAGACGGGCAGGGCCCGCGCCCGUCCGCGGUGGCAGAGAAGAGCACCGGCAGCAUCCUGGACGACAUCGGCAGCAUGUUCGACGACCUGGCCGACCAGCUGGACGCCAUGCUGGAGUGAGGCGGCCGCCCAUGUCGGGCCCGAGGCGCCCUGGCUCCGGCCUGCACACUGACCUUUACCUCAGGACGGGCAGCUCCGGGCGCGGGCGGACCCGACUCGGGGCGGGCCGUGCUGCCAGCCCCCGCACAAGCACAACUCCCGCCCCUGGCCUGGGCCUAGCCUGCCUAGAGGACCACCGGGCCAGGGGGCCCCAAGGGCUCUGGGCAGACGCACCGCCCCGCGAUGCCCGUCCCUUAUCUGCUGCUCCCUGUGCAAUAACUGCUGGGCCCUGCCGCCCGUGCCAGCCCAGGCUGGUCCCCGUGGGUGCGGGUGAAGAGCAGCCUCUCCCUUGCUCAAGAGGAAAAGGGAGAGGACAGCCGCUGUGGACCCCUCCCCAAUCUAUGGCACAGCACAGGCCCUUGCCCAGCACAGAACUGCCCUUUGGGGGACCUCUGCCAGCCUCUCGGGGCAGCACAAGGGGCAGGGGGCCAAGGUUGGGCCCCAGCAUAUAAGCUAUCAAGAGUAUUAAUUUAUUGGGAAUGAGCUGAAGCAGAUUUCCCCAGAGAAACAAAAAGGUAUAACUUUAACAAAUAUAUAUUUAAAAAAAGAAAAAAAAUAUUAUUGAUUCUAUAGAAAACCAUUUACCAACUGGAAGGACACUGGAAUCCAGUUCAAGACAAAAGCUGUCAGGGACCCAGGCCACCCUGUGUCCUUCCCUUCCUUUGCCUGGGAGUGGCCACGGCCCUGACUACUAGCACACACAGGAGGCUAAGUCCAGGGAGGUUGGGGUUUGGCCCAGGUCUCUUCUGCCCUUCUCCAUUGUGACUUCUCUGCGUCUGAAGAACUUGAAGGAUGUGCCUUGCUCGCUGAUAGUCUGUGUCCUCCAUGCCACUGAGACCGUGGAGAGGGCUCCCUCUUGGCUGAGGCCACGUCCUGGGGAUGCUGCUGUGUGGGUGUGCUGUGUGUGCAGCAUGGUGAAUGGGGCAUGUCAGCUGUGCAUCAGCAGUGUGGGUGCAGGAGUGUGACAGGCUGUGGGCAGAGGUGCAUGAGGGUGCACCACACCCUCCCUCCCCAGGGCCCUGCACUGGCACCAGUCCACCGCACUGGAGUUCCCACAGAUGCUCUGCUCAUGGUCCAAGGCUGUGUUGUUUGGUCAUUCUCACCCUCUUUUUUCCUCUCCUUUCCUCCCCCCCAAAAAGUACUGACUGGUCUCCUCUAUUGUGUUUGCUGAUCCACAAGUGUUGGACACAACUUUGCCAUUUCUUUAAAACAAACAAAAAGAAUUAAACCUGAAAACCAGCGACUGUGGUGCCGGCUGGUGGAGGGGGCCUGCUAAGGGGUGUCCAGGCAUCAGGCCCCUUCCAACUUUCACACCUGAAGCUUCCCCCUAAGUGGAUGUGCUCCCCCCUGGCUUCUCCUUGGUGGGCAACCCAGACUGGGGCUCCAGCAAGUGGGGAGGGAUGAUUGGGCAGAGAGCUGCUGUCAGCUGUCAAUAAACAGCAGAAAACAGA